AUAUUAGAAGUCUUCCUGAAGCAGUCUAGAACCAUUACCUGAGCUUCCUGAUGGGAGGAUGACAGCAUUAUUGCCUCACAGUAAAGAGUAGGAAGGCUAACAGCUUUUUAUCAGGAUAUUGUGGGGAAUCUCUAAAGACAGGUGUUGGGUUGCUGUCUCAGACGGUUUUGUCACUGCUCUAUGAGACUUACUUUCCAUGUGGGCUGCAAGAAUGUUAUCUGGAGAGUCAACGUGUAAAUCUUCUACCCACUGACGCAGAAAACGUGCCUGGUUGUGAUUUGUUUUUCAAGUUGAAGGAGGGUUUCCUGUGAAAGAGGUGCUUAAUGGAAAAGAUGAAAAAGUUUAAAAGGAGGCUUUCGCUCACGCUGCGUGGAAGUCAGACCAUCGAUGAAUCCUUGUCAGAGCUAGCAGAGCAGAUGACAAUUGAAGAAAACAACAGCACGGAUAACGAGCCAAUUGUAAGGAAUGGGAGGCCUCCAACUUCACACAGUAUGCACUCUUUUCUUCACCAGUAUACUGGUUCUUUCAAGAAGCCACCACUGAGAAGACCACACAGUGUUAUCGGAGGAAGCUUUAGUUCAUUUAUGGCAAUGCCUCGUAAUGGCAGCAGAUUAGACAUUGUCCAUGAGAAUCUGAAAAUAGGUUCAGAUGGUGAGAGUGAUCAGGCUUCAGGGACAUCAUCUGAUGAGAUCCAAUCUCCAACUGGUGUAUGCUUAAGGAAUCGGGUCCAUCGGCGGAUUUCCAUGGAGGACCUAAACAAGCGCUUGUCAUUGCCAGCAGAUAUCCGAAUACCUGAUGGCUAUCUGGAAAAACUACAGAUGAACAGCCCUCCAUUCGAUCAGCCAAUGAGCAGAAGAUCACGAAGAGCAUCGCUGUCAGAGAUUGGUUUUGGAAAACUGGAGACAUAUGUGAAGUUGGACAAGCUUGGAGAGGGAACCUAUGCAACAGUUUUUAAAGGAAGAAGUAAACUGACUGAUAACUUAGUAGCUCUGAAGGAGAUUCGACUGGAGCAUGAAGAAGGAGCACCUUGCACUGCCAUCCGAGAAGUAUCUUUAUUGAAAGAUUUAAAGCAUGCAAACAUAGUUACCUUACAUGAUAUUGUUCACACGGAAAAGUCACUAACACUAGUCUUUGAGUACCUGGACAAAGAUCUCAAGCAGUAUAUGGAUGACUGUGGAAACAUCAUGAGUAUGCACAAUGUGAAGGUAUUUUUGUUUCAAAUUUUGAGAGGUUUGGCUUAUUGUCAUAAGAGGAAAGUGCUACAUCGAGAUUUAAAACCUCAAAACUUACUUAUAAAUGAGAGAGGAGAACUCAAAUUAGCUGAUUUUGGCUUAGCCAGAGCCAAAUCAGUCCCCACUAAAACAUACUCCAAUGAGGUAGUUACACUGUGGUAUAGACCACCAGAUGUCCUUCUAGGGUCAUCUGAAUAUUCUACUCAGAUUGACAUGUGGGGCGUGGGCUGUAUAUUUUAUGAAAUGGCUGCUGGAAGGCCACUUUUUCCAGGCUCAACAGUUGAAGAUGAAUUGCACUUAAUUUUUAGACUUCUGGGUACACCUACAGAGGACAGUUGGCCUGGAAUAUCUUCUAUGGAGGAAUUUAAAUCUUAUAACUUUCCCAAAUACAAGCAACAGCCAUUGAUUAACCAUGCACCAAGGCUGGACUCUGAAGGAAUUGAAUUAUUAUCUUCAUUUCUGCAGUAUGAAACUAAGAAGAGAAUUUCUGCGGAAGAGUCUAUGAAACAUACCUACUUUAAAAGCCUUGGAACAAGGGUGUACAGUUUACCUGAAAGUUUAUCAAUAUUUACUUUGAAGGAUAUUCAGCUGCAGAAGGACCCUGGAUUUCGAAAUUCAUCGUACCCAGAAACGGGACAUGGCAAAAGCAGAAGACAAAGUAUGCUGUUUUAGACAAGUCCCCACAAUGGGAGUUUCAGCUAUUCCAGCCAGCCAGCCAAGGAUAGAGUGAAGCUGUCAUACCCUGUCCUGUUCUGCUAUGCCUCGUUGUAGACCUCUUUGAUGAGGAGGGUCUAUUUUCAUCAGAUGUGCAGAAUGAUUUUGUUUUUAACUUGCCUGUCACAGUGUGACAUUAUUUUGUACAGAGAGUUUUAAGGUUCUCCUUUAUUGUUAAAGCCAGUAAUUUACAGCUACCUGUAAAGUGUAGCUGUUGAGGCUAUUGAGCUGGACUGCAAAAAGUGUGUUAUUUAUUGGGGGAAUCACUUGCUGCUAAAUGACUACUGUCUAUAUUUAACAAAAUGGAAAUGCUGCUGAGGGUCCAGUGGCUUUCUAUGUGAACUUGUUUGUUUGUCCUAAGUGACUGCAUUGAAAUACUGUUCUUUUUGUUUGUUUUGUUUUGUUUUGUUUUUUAAGAUACUACUUGCCUAGUGUUUAGGUGACUCUUAAUUUCCAGUUUUGGCUUCAGGGCAUUGCAAAGUGAUUUGUUACUUUUUAUUUAGGCUUAUGCCUUGCUAAAAUUUCCCAGAUAUUUCCAUUUCUAUGUAAAUUUGAAGAAAGUUGUUUUUUAAUAUACAGACAAUACAGAAAAUGUUUUCAAAUAGAUUUGUUAUUCUAAACAAAGUAGCUCAUCUGUUUGCUAUUUUAGUGCAGAUUGACAAAAAUAGCUUUGUACAAAUCAAAUAUAACAGACCAGUAUGGCUAUUACAUUUUUAUACUGUACAUUCCUGAAGUUUUGUGUAACAGGAUAAUUUGUCUUGCAUUACAGCUGCAAUUUGUGUCAGCCUUUCUGUAUGUAUCAAUUUGCCUUAGCUUUCUGUAUGACAACUCUGUUUAGGUCUUCCUUUUGCACAGGGCCAUUUGGGGAUUUGGUAACAACAGAUCUUUAUAGUAGCAGUUUCAAAGUUAUAGUUAAUUAAUCUCACCUGGGUAGGCCAAAGUCUAUAAGUUUCAUUCAUAGCACAAUAACGAAGAAAGUUGAAUGUGAACAAGCUAAUGCACACGUCCAAGGAGACUUGCAGUGUAACACUGAAGAAAAGUUUCAAGAGGUGAUAAUGGCUAUUAGUUUGACCUGUUGGCUCAAGGUAUUUAUGCACUCUUUGUAUAGUAACUAAUAUUUUUUAACAAUACCCCCUUUUAGUUUUAUGUCUAAGUAUAUACUUAAUUAUUUAAGUAAGAAAGAAAUAUGUAGGGGUCCAAAGUCAUAUAUUUGUCAUCGUUGUAAUACAGAACAGUGGUUAAUUGUUUUUUGUCAAACUACAAUCUGCUGUUGCAUUCUUUAGUCACAAGAAGUUGAACAGUAUGUGUAACCAAAUAUAUUACUCCCAAAAAAUAAUGUUGAGGAAUUCAGACUUCAUCCAGUUGUGGAAUACAAUUUAUUUUGGCUAUUUUUAGGUAUGGGGCUUAAGAAAUGUGUUUGCAUGUAUCUCUGAAGAAUGUAUUUAUUAUGCUGACCCAUUCUGAAGAGUGUAAUACAACUUGGAGGAAUGGAUCUCAUCAUUGUGUUUCCAUUGCAACAUAUGUGAUCAUUAUUGCCAAUUUAAUGCAUACAAAUUGAGCUUUACCUCUAUGUUUGUUACUUUCCCAUUAGUGGCACACUGUGCUUUGGUUAUAUUUAAGAACUUUUUCUAUGUUGAUAAUGCAUCUCAGUGAGUAUCUUAAGUAUGCCUUUGCAGAUGUAUUUGAAUGCAUUUGUGUUUGCCUUUAAGAAAUAAUUGUUCAGUGAAUCUAAAUGACUGUAAAUGUUUUAUAGAAUAAUUUUGUAAUAUUCCUUCAUUAAUGUGAAGGGACAAUUUUAAGAGGUGAGCUGUUAACUGUAAACACUUUCAGGGGUCCUACCAUUUCUGCCUACAACUAUGAAAUCAUGUAGUUUAAUUAACAGUAUUAAGAAAUUUUCUUAUGUAACAUUUAACCUUAUUUGUGAAUUGUGACUGUGGCAUGUUGGGGAAAUUGUGUUUAAGUAGUAUUUGUAUUUUUGUUUUCGUUUUGCUCUCAAAGUUUACAUUGGAAUUUUGCUAGGAAGCAGAUUGCCGUGUAACAAGGAGGUGAGAUGGACCACUUCUCUUUUUCAGGAUGGAUAUACAAACAAAAUGAUUUCAAAUUGAAAUUGUAGGCUAACAAACUGCUGUGUUUCCCACUGACAGUAAUGUAUUAAUAUUGUACUUUUUCAAGUAUAAACUUUACCUGAUUCAA